AUAGGAGCUCAAAUACGCAGUCCAUUUAAAACAACUGGUUAAGAACGAAGCAGCAGCCAACGGCAAUUGAUGGCUUUGAUUAUGUACAAAGGUAUAAUGCUACUUACGGACGAUGUGUUGUUAUUGCUUCGAUCGAAAGCCGCCUUGUCCAAGAAGAAUGUCCCAAGUGUGUGGGCGUUGUUGGUAACUUCACGGCGAGAAACCUUGAGACAGCCAAGAAUCUAGAAUCUUAAGAAUCCAUGACAAAGGGUUUCCAUUACUUGACAUGAAAGUUUCUCAAAAAUUGUGCCCUCGGUCAUUCCCUCAAAUACCAAAGUCGCUUCGUCUCUGUUCUUCGAUCUCAACCCGCCAUUUGCGUCAAUUGCAGCGGAACGCCUCUUCCUUCAACAUGGAACCAGAAAAGGGCAAACAGUCUUCCCACAAAACCCCAUACACUGAACUCGAGCAAGUUAACUCUGAUUUCACCCUGGCAAUCGCUUUGCAAGAGCAAGAGGGAACCUUCACAAUGCUUGACACCAUGGACAGCGAAGAAAGCAGCAAUGGAGAUGAAAGCGAGUCCUCUUUCGAAGACGAUGAAGAUGAAGAUGCUGACUUUUCCGAGAGCCAAGAACUCGAAUUCGGAGACCUUCAGUUUCUUGAGGGCGAAGGAAGCAAUGAUGAGGACAUGGAAGAAGAUGAGAUUGAUCCGGAUGAAAUGUCCUACGAAGAGUUGAUUGAGUUGGCGGAGUUCAUAGGAGAAGAGAGGAAAGGACUGUCAGCAAAUGAAAUCCCUUCCUGCCUGCAUCCUUACACUUGCCAUUUUGCAGAAAAAAAGACAGGAAUAGAUCGCUGUGUGAUAUGUCAGGUUGAAUACGAAGAAGGUGAAGCACUGAUGGCACUUCAUUGUGAGCACCCUUAUCAUUCAGAUUGCAUCAUCCAGUGGCUUCAGAUUAAGAAGGUUUGUCCAAUUUGUGGCUCUGAGGUCUCCACUCCAAAACUGGCUAAUAAGAACCCUUGAUUGCACCACAUAGGUAAUUUGCAAAUGUCUAUAUUUCAGAAAAUAAGAAUAAGAAGCAGCAAAGCUAUCAGAACAUUACAUGGAAAAUGGGUAGUCACAGAAAUUUAAUGUUAAAAACACAAUUUAAUAUUCUUUAUGUGUUACUUAUUUCUGUAUUUGUUUGCACGCGAUUUCUACCCC